CUAAAAUAAAAAAAGAAAACAAACACGUUAUAGCUAGUGCAAGGGGUUACAUAUCUGACCAAGACUCCUAUUUCCGUAAUGGAGGCCUCUGGUCUGCCGACGGCGGAAUCCACCGCCUCAAGGAUCAGUCGGCUGCUGCGCCAAUCCCACUUUAUUCCCGAUCGGAGUCCCCUCCAACGGUGGUUUGAGACGCUACUUGAACGUGCUGGAGAGAGGUGGGUGUAUGCAAUUUACUGGGAGUACUCCUCUGCCACUUCCCUUCUAUGUUGGCGUGACGGCUGUUUCCAUGGCGAGGAGGACAACGGCAAAGCCCGCAAAGCGACGUCGUCCGAAGAACAGGACCAGCGCAAUAGCGUUUUCAGAUUAAUCAACUCCUUAAUUUUAGGCACCUCGGCUAUCCCUGAUGACCUCGACCAAGACAUCACUGACACAGAGUGGUUCUUUUUUCUCUCCAUCGCUCACAACUCCGUCAACACCAGCGGCCUGCUGGGCCAAGCUUUCUUUACUUUGAACCCAGUUUGGGCCACCGGGCCAGAACUAUUAUCUGAACCGGCCUGCCAACGGGCCCGGCGGUUGCAUGAGUUUGGGUUUCAGACUAUGGUUUGUAUACAGUGGCAAAACGGCAUCGUUGAGCUGGCCUUCACUGACGUGGAUAAUACCGAACGGAUAGAAACAAAUUUAUUAUGAGCGACUAGUCUGAAUCCAAGCCGUCCGAGAGUGGGUCUCUCAAGUUCAACACGUCCGUCGUGCAUAAUUCUAAAGUACGAUCGGAUCGGAUAGACCAAUAAAACUAGAAAUGGAGACAUAUGUGCAUUGAAAGCCAUUAAAAGAAAAAUUAAAGGAGUGUUUGAUGCAGGUCAAUCUAUUUGUAUUAAAACACAAGCGAAAAGGCGAAGAACCGAUUGAAGGAAAAAGAAGAACCGAUUGAAGGAAAAAGAAUAUUACCGGACGAAGAUAGCAGAAGUUUUCCAGUCCCAUUAAGCAGUUUAUGUAUUGAUGUGACGUGUGGUUUUCAUGUUUAAUCUACUAGUUUACUCUUAUUUA